AGUUCUACCUUCUUCCUUCAGAAAAAGCUGGUUUCUAACAAAGAUAACACACACUCUUAUCUACACAGAAACCAAAGGAAUACCAACAAUGGCACCAGCUGGUACUGCUAUUGUGAGCUUCAUCUUCUUCUUUCUAGCCAUUACUAAUGUGAAAUCAUGCACGGUUGGAGACAGGAAUGCUCUGUUAGCAUUCAGAUCAGCCUUAGUUGAGUCGCAGUUCGGCAUAUUCAAAACCUGGAGAGGAACAGAUUGUUGUAAAUCUUGGUAUGGUGUUCAUUGUGAUCCAACUAGUAAAAGAGUCACCGAAAUCAGUCUAAGAGGUGAAUCUCCUGAAAGCUCUGUUCCAACUCUAGAAAAAAUGGGAAGAUCUGGUUACAUGACUGGUGUCAUCUCACCAGCAAUCUGUAAACUAGAUCGUCUUUCUACUAUUAUCAUCGCCGAUUGGAAAGCGAUUUCCGGUAAAAUCCCUACUUGUAUCACUACACUUUCAUUUCUCCGUGUUCUUGAUUUAGUCGGAAACCAGUUUUCUGGUCCAAUCCCGUAUAAUAUUGGGAGACUACACAGACUUACUGUUUUGAAUUUCGCUGAUAAUCAAAUCAACGGCGUUAUCCCUUCGUCAAUCGUUCAGAUGUCUGCGCUGAUGCAUCUUGAUCUCCGAAGCAACAGAAUCACCGGAGAAAUUCCAACUGAGUUCGGCAACUUGAAAAUGUUGAGCAGAGCAUUGUUGAGCCGGAACUUGAUUUCUGGUUCUAUUCCAAGUUCGAUUUCGAAAAUUUACAGGUUAGCUGAUUUGGAUUUGUCGGUGAAUCAAUUAUCAGGAACCAUUCCAGAAUCAUUCGGAAGAAUGCCAGUUCUUUCGACUUUGAAUCUGGAUAUGAACAAGAUUUCUGGCCAAAUACCGACGACUUUACUAAGCGGUUCAGGAUUGAGUAUACUGAAUUUAAGCAGAAAUGCAUUGGAAGGCAGAAUCCCAGAUGUUUUCGGAGAACGAUCUUAUUUCACAGCACUGGAUUUAUCUUAUAAUAAUCUCAAAGGACCGGUUCCGAAAUCGUUGUCUUCGGCUUCGUAUGUUGGGCAUUUGGAUCUGAGUCAUAAUCAUCUUUGUGGUCCGAUUCCAACUGGCUCGCCAUUUAAUCAUCUUGAAGCUUCUUCCUUCAUGAAUAACGAUUGUCUCUGUGGCUCCCCACUUAAGAGAUGCACUUGAUUGAUAAAUUUCUAGCUGAGUUCGUCACAGGAGUUACUGAGGAAGAAGAGAUUGUACUCACUCGGUUUCUCUCUGUAGAUUCUAGUCUGUGUCUUUAUAUGCAGUGAUCAUGUGUAGUGUUAGCAGAACACAUGCAAUGUUUUUUAUUUUUUUUUAUUUUUUUGCUUUUAACUGGGGUUUGUUUGUCUUUUGUUUAAAAUUUAUAGCAUAUAAAUAUGCUCAACUGUUACCGUUUAUAUUAAAUUAAUAUAUAUAUGAUUAUGAUAUUGAAAGAAAUCAA